CACACCCCAAUCCCAAACCCCCAACCCAUGUCUUAACUACAGCGCCACCAUCUUUUUUGGCUCACUCCGGCUGCCCCUCCUCUUGUUUUCAUACACCCGAUUCAGACCAAAAUCGGAACCGCAACUCUCAUACGAUUAUUAGAACAACUGAUACAAAAUCUCAAUUUUUUGUCCGCCUGAGAUGGACGGAGAAGUUUGCUCCGCCGUAGAUUCAUCACCGACGGCGACAGAGAAGAGGAAGCAAAGGCAUCAGAAUCAGCUUCAAAAAGAAAGGCCUUACAGAGGAAUAAGGAUGAGGAAGUGGGGGAAGUGGGUUGCCGAAAUCAGAGAACCCAACAAGCGCUCCAGGAUUUGGCUUGGUUCCUACACAACCCCCCUCGCCGCCGCUAGAGCUUACGACACCGCCGUCUUCUACCUACGAGGCCCUACUGCCCGCCUUAACUUCCCCGAAUUGAUGUUCGAGGAAGACCAGCUUCACGACAUGUCGGCCGCCUCCAUACGCAAACGAGCCACCGAAGUCGGCGCUAGGGUUGACGCUAUCGAAAUCUCCCUCCACGCCUCGAGCUCAAACUCAAACUCCAACUCCAAUUCCAGUACUCACACUUCCGAGAAGCCGGAUUUAAACGAGUACCCAAGCCCCGAAAGCUCCGACCACGAUUAAUCCCUCAUACCUUCAUUUUAUAUCGCUACCGGAAAACCAAAAUUACGAAAAGGGCCAAGCUUAUUACAGGUAAGAUCAUCAAAAAAAAAAAAAAACGGAAUCAAAAUAAUUCCGUUUCAUCCGUUGUAGUUCUGCGAUUGUAACCGCCGCGUGCACGGCUUAUACAAAUACUCCAUCUCGGCUAAUUUUGGAUGUUUCUUUUAUUAUUUUUCCCUUCAUAUAUUCUGUUAGUUUAAAUCGUUGUAUUACACUUCUGAUAUUUUUGGAGUGUUAAGGAGAAACAUUAGGAGCGGCGCCGCCGUUCGGACUUGUGGCUCCGGUUACGCCCCUCCGUGUAAGGUCGGGAUAAGGAUAUAAUCCCCAAAAAAA